AUGCCCAAUAUCCGUCUAAGGGACUUACCCUCCUUCAUCUGGACAACCAAUCUUAAUGAUCCCAUGUUACAGGUUUGUACAAUCGAAAGCCCUAAAACUCUCAAGUCUUCGGCUAUCAUUCUCAACACAUUCAAAGAUUUAGAUAAACAUGUUCUUGAUGCCAUGAGAGAAAGAAUCGGUCGCCCAAUCUACACAAUUGGCCCGGUUGCAAGCUUUAGCCAAUUUGAAUCCAAUGACCGUUUAAAGUCGGUUUCAAUGAGUCUUUGGAAUGAAGAGGACACUUGUGUAGAAUGGCUCAAUGACAAGAAACCUAAGUCAGUUGUGUAUGUGAAUUUUGGCAGUGUGACAGUUGCAACACCCAAUCAACUCAACGAAUUCGCUUGGGGUCUUGUAAAUAGCCAAAGGCCUUUCAUAUGGGUCAUUCGUGAAGAUCUCGUAUUCGGAAAAUCGGCAACAUUAGAAAAAACAUUUGUCGAAGAAACCAAAGAAAGAGGGCUAAUCCUAAGUUGGUGUAACCAGAUUAAAGUCUUGUCACACCCUGCAGUUGGGUGCUUCCUAACUCACAGUGGAUAGAAUUCGACAAUUGAGAGCAUUAGCAAUGGUGUGCCAAUGAUAUGUUGGCCCUUCUUUGGUGAUCGUCCAACAAUUUGCAGGUAUGUUUGCAAGGAAUGGGGCAUUGGGAUGGAAAUAAACAAUGAUGUUAAGAGGGAGGAGGUGAAAACAUUGGUGAGGGAGUUGAUGGAAGGAGAAAAGGGUAAAGAGAUGCAGUUAAAGGCCAAGAAAUGGAAAGAGAUCUCAAAAACUGUUGUUCAAUUAGGAGGCAGCUCUUACAAUAACUUAGAGGCUUAUAAAGCAAGUGCUUCCAGAGAAACGCUGAUCAAAUCUACUUGUUCACACAUAUACUUGUUUAAUGUAUAA